GGGAUACUCAUCUUCUGCGGCCGCUUCCGUACGUUUCCGCUUCCGCCACCGCCACCGCCGCGUUGAUCCCAGAGUGGCGGCGUCUUUGACCCAAUCUCCGAACUAUGUCCGGCGGCCUUCUGAAGGCGCUGCGCAGCGACUCCUACGUGGAGCUGAGCCAGUACCGGGACCAGCACUUCCGGGGGGACAAUGAAGAACAGGAAAAAUUGCUGAAGAAGAGCUGUACAUUGUAUGUUGGAAAUCUUUCCUUUUACACAACUGAAGAACAAAUCUAUGAACUUUUCAGCAAAAGUGGUGACAUAAAGAAAAUCAUCAUGGGCCUGGAUAAGAUGAAGAAAACCGCAUGCGGAUUCUGCUUUGUGGAAUACUAUUCAAGAGCAGAUGCGGAAAAUGCCAUGAGGUACAUAAACGGAACGCGUCUGGAUGACCGGAUCAUCCGCACAGACUGGGACGCAGGCUUCAAGGAGGGCAGGCAGUAUGGCCGUGGGCGGUCCGGGGGCCAGGUACGAGAUGAGUAUCGGCAGGACUAUGACGCUGGGAGAGGCGGCUACGGAAAACUGGCCCAAAACCACAAUAGAGUUUGUGAAAGUUGGGGAUGAAGGACCUAUUAAUAUGAACAUCUUUCACAUCACAGUAAGUAUAGGUGCUCUCAAGUUCAAGUUGAUUAUUUGGAUUAAGAGCUAUAACUAGUUGUAUUGCAGAUGCAUACCUCUUACUCUUCAUUUGAAAAAUUUCUUUUACACUGUAGUUUCAAUUAAUGUAACUCAGAUUUCUGCAGGCCUUAAAAACCAGCCAGUGGUUUUGAAUUGUUGAACCAAGUUAUCAUUGUCUCUGCCCAUUACCUCACCUAUUUUGAGUAUGUGCAGAAUUCAUGUCCAUUUUGACUUGACAGUUACCUAAAAGGGUUGGCCACUGCGAGCUUACACUUUUCAUAAAUGAGCUUUGUCGCGAUGAGUAGCACUCUGAAAAACUACUUACAUUCAGUACAAGAGAACACACGUUUAUAAAGGCAUUUAGUUUAUUUUUCAAAAAAAUAUUUUUGCUAGAAGGUUUGAGUAAUUUUACAUGAUCACAAUCUUUAAAUAAAUUCUUUCUCUGACCAAAAGGUACCAUUUAAGUGAA